GUUAGCAAACAACAGGUCAGUGCGAUCGAAAGCACUUUCCUGAAGGAAACCGAUGGUCGUCUUUUCUUCUCUUUGCUGCCAAGUCCUAGGACAGAAGCAUAACAUCCCCGCCUGGGGAUCGUCAGAGAAAAAAGCUUCGCCUCCAAAGCGUCUGCAUUGGCAGCCCAUCUCUCAGCCUCACCCCCACUAUCUUUGCACCAGCCAUCUGGCUUAAGGCGUCCAAGAGAUAACCCUGUCAGGAGUUUGGCUGAGGAAGAGUGAUUGAUUGGCCAAAGUCACCUGGGGAACCCCUAAGGUUAAAGGAGAAACUAAGCUUAAACAAAUUUUAAAAUGUGUUCUGAAAAUCUGGCAGUUUUGCUAACACUGAUCCUUAGCUUUAUCAGCCGGGGAAAGCUUUGCGAAAGGCACUCACCUAUUAAUGUGCUAGAAGAAGAAUACUUUUCAUUUUGCUGCCCUAAGAAAGCACAGCAUAAAGGACAAGUUAUCAAUUGGUAUAAAGGGAAAAAAGGAGAAGAAGUGUUAAUUCAUGGAGACAGCAGAAUUGAUUUGAAUGGGUCUAAUUUGCAAUUUUGGCCAAUUUUACUGAAUGAUACUGGAAUCUACCAAUGCUGUUUCAGAAAUGGAACCUGGAAGAAAUCCUGUAAGGAAUGGUCCUUAAAUGUCAUCAAGAGAAAUAAAAGCAAUUGUUUCACUGAAGAGCAUUUGCUUACUGGAAGAGAUGGAAUAAUUGGGACAGAGUAUUUUUUCACAUGCAGUAGUCCAAAUGAUACUGCAAAUGUUAUCAGCAUAAUGUGGUAUAAGGACUGCAUAGAGAAUAUUAAUAAGAGAGGUGAAGAAGAAUGGUACAUUGAUCAGUUAACAGAAAAGGAUGGUGGAAAAUAUACAUGUGUAAAAACAAUUCUUCAUGCAGGAAAGAAAUAUAACAGCACAAGUACCACCAGUUUAAAUAUUAAAGAUACUGAGGAAAAAGUAACCCCAAGGCUAAUUGGACCUGGUCAUAAUGUUUUCACAACUGAAAUAGGUAAAGAGGAAAUCCUCAAUUGCACAGCGUUUUUAGGUUAUUCAAAGAACUUUGUUGAAUUCCCCUAUGAACUCUAUUGGAUCGUGCAUGAUGAAGUUAUAGAAAUAUGUCAGAGUAAUAGUUCACUGUGUCAAAAGGUCGAACAUAAAUAUGAUGAAAAUGGAAAAAAAUAUGUUAUGAAACAACUUUGGUUUAAACAUGUGAAAGAAAAGAACUUCAAUUCUUUGUACAAAUGCAUCUUUUCUGAAAAUGGUUUUGAAAAGCAAACAUUUAUAUUGCAAAAAGAAUCUAAUCCAGAUUUACCAGUUCACGCCUUUACUGCUGGAAUGAUAACUGCCAUAAUGUUUUCCUUUAUUGCUGUAAUGAUAGUGGUUCUCUGUGUAAUAUUCAAGAUUGAACUUGUUUUAUUGUUCAGAGCUAUAACGGGAAAGGAUGAAACACUGGGAGAUGGAAAACUAUAUGAUGCUUUUGUGUCUUACCUGAAAGACUGUACACCAAUAUGUGGUGAAGAGAGAAAAUUUGCUCUGGAGAUACUGCCUAAAAUAUUAGAAGACCAUUUUGGAUAUAAGUUAUGCAUUUUUGAACGAGAUAUUUCUCCUGGAGGAGCUAUUAUUGAUGACAUCCAAUCAUCCAUUGACAGAAGUCGAAGAUUAAUUAUUAUUCUGAGCCGAAACUAUGUCUCUGACCAAGUCAUGUACGAACUAGAGAUUGGACUGCAUAAAGCCUUGGUUGAGAGAAAGAUCAGAGUCAUAUUAAUAGAAUACAUGCCAAAAAAUGAUUUUGAUUUCUUGCCCAAGUCGUUGGAACUUCUUUCUUCCAGCCAAGUGGUGAAAUGGAAAGAAGAAAAAUCACUACCUUUAAAUUCAAAAUUUUGGAAAAAGCUUUGCUAUGCCAUGCCUGCCAAGCCAACUAUUUCAGCUGCUUGUCAAGGGGUAACAGGACAGAAGAAAAAGAACAAAUGCCUUCUGUAUCACUUCUGAGCCAUCACUUGCCUACUACUAGAUCUUCAUCACUGUUGCUUGGCAGUAAAAUAUAAGAAUGUGUUCACAGAUACUUGGGAGCUGCAGAAUUGAGGCUGUGGGCUUCAGGUUGUCCUAUCUGUGUCAUUAGACUUUAUUUCAAUAAUAUAUUUAUGUAUUGUUUAAUUCAGUAUGUAUAUUCCAUAUGGAUGUCCAUCUUUUUUACACAAUAUGUCAAAAUGCCGGACUUCUGCCUUACAGAUUUAUUUGAAAAGUGGGGGUCCAAUGUCAACAUGUCAAAGAACAAUCGUGUUUUCUUUGUAUUUUAUUGCUGUUUGAACCUUAAUGCAGCAGAUGGUGACAAAGAAUCAGAAGCCCAAGAGAGACAAUCAAAGCACUGCAACAUCAAUUAGAAUGAUGCACAAAAUGCAAGCAUUUGUUGAAAGAUGGUUGACUUACCAUUUACAUUGUCUGUAGAGUUGUAAUUGCAGGAAUGUUCCAAUCUCGGAUG